ACCCUGGCAACACGGAUGGUGAUGUGGCUAUAUGUGUGGAUCACGCUGAUGGCCAAGAUCAACCCUAGAUCGUACGUACGUGUGUAGGUAGGGCAGUAGAAGGUAGCGAAGCAAAACGUCAGAUAAGAUGAUUUGAUGAAUUUGAUAGAGCAAAACAGUUAUCAAACAGUGAUUGAGAAUUUUCGAACAAAUUUUGGAGUUUUUUUCUUGUAGACGGACAAUUUAUUUUCUAAUGUAAGUGCCUCUAGAAUUUGAUUGUUUUCUAAAAAUGUAUACGCCUUAAUUUGAACUUAUAGAUAGCUAUUUAGCACGAACAGUAACGAGAUUGUACGGAUGAAGUAUCAGUAAAUAUCUACAUUGAAUUUUGUAUCGUGACCUCAAAAUUUAUCUGUGGAAGUCGAGAAGGGACAAUACUUUAAUAGUCAACGAAACUGUGAGUUAUAUUGAACGCUUAAGUUACUGAACUAAAACUAACUAUGAUUUUUCCAGCUUAAAAGCAACACCUGAAGAAAUAAAAACUGUUCGCUCAAGAGACUUUGACUGGUUUUCCUUUCCCCGGCGGCCACAAAUCUUUUAAGAGUUUCCAGCGACCAGCUUUUAGCAGGCACACGGCAAGCAAUGGCAACAGCAUUAGGAUCUCAUCCAAGUAUCCAGCAAAGCUGUCCUGGCUGCAAUAAGCCAAAUUCCGACAAUGGGGCGACGGUCAUUUGUUAUCAAUGCCGGCGCUGGUAUCACGACGCUUGUGCAGGUGGAACUGGAGAGAUCGUAGAUGGCAGUUGGUCAUGCGUAGCGUGCGCUCUAUCCAUAAGUGGGACGGCGAAAUCGGUUAUAUCUACGAGUAGUACUCGGUCGACCAGAAUGCGACUGGAACUGAUGCGAUUGGAAGAACUUCAGAAGACCAAGGAAAAGCAUAUGCGUGAACGGCAGGAACAGGAGCGGCUACGAGAAGAACGUAUUCAAAAGGAGAAGGAGGAUUUAGCAGAGAAAUAUAUCGACGAAAAAUACGCUUUAUUGAUGUCGGGGACAUUAGAGGAUGGAGCCAGUAGCGUGAGAAGCCGAGGAAGUCGUCAGAGAAGUCUGGACAAGGUUAAAACUUGGAUGGAUGCAGAACAGCAAGAAAUUUCAGCAGAAGACGCAGCAUUAGAAGAUUCGAUAGUGAGUUUACCACAGCCGCCGGUGACUGGGGCUCGGAACAACCUUCUGCACGGAACUCCGCUGAGCUCACUCGGAGCUAAGGUGGUAGUCAGCACCGACGAAGCAAAUCUGUACCGCUCACUUCCAGCACAGGAACUUUCAUCGAAAAAUGACAGUACAGUAGGGGCGGAACAAAGAGGUCAGUAUGGAGGAACGAAUGUUCUACAGACGAUUGCAGAAAACAGUUCGUUAUUGCUCCCGUCUGCCGCCGGCGCGCACACGUUAGUAUCAUCGUCCGCACCGAUUACUAUUCAGCCGUCAGUGUCGUGUGGGAGCGCGCCGCCGAACUUACCUGCUAUCUCGACAGCGGCACGGUUGGCCGCGCCUGGUUCAGCGUUACAUCAAUCCAUUUCCUCGGGUGUCCACCUUAAAGCUGCACCAGCUGCUUUCCCGACUAUGCCUUCUCCAUCAGCUCCGACUUGGAUGGAACCACCAGUACCAGGAUUAGGUCCAGCGUUACCAACAGCAGAUCAAAGGCUCCCGAAUGGACAACCUCGGGUACAACGUCACCCAGUUUACGCUCCAGCUCAGCACUUGCCUUCUUGGCAGCCACCUUUGCCAUAUGCAGGUCAAGCUCGUCCGCUAUUGACGAAUGCAGCAUACGACGGAGCGUUGGAACAUUUCGGAGGUCAAUACCAACAGCAGAUGGCGGCGAGACAGGUGGUCCCAAGGGAACUCCCAGUAUUCACGGGAAACCCUGAGGAAUGGCCUAUAUUCAUUAGCAGUUAUCGUAAUUCGACACUAAUGUGCGGCUACACAGAUGCCGAGAAUUUGAUGCGACUCCAAAAGUGCUUGCGGGGGAAUGCAUUGGAGGUAGUACGAAGCAAUCUGCUGCUUCCAUCGUCAGUUCCGCAAGUCUUGGCUACAUUAGAGACACUUUUUGGCAAUCCAGAACGACUUAUUCAGUCCCUGCUAACCAGAGUUCGAGACACUCCGGCACCAAAGUCGGACAGACUAGAGACGCUGAUAAACUUUGGGAUCGUUGUUCAAAACUUAGUUGGACAUCUGAAGGCAGCCAAUCAACAAGUUCAUCUUACGAAUCCUUCGUUACUGCACGAUUUGGUUGGCAAACUUCCUGCAAAUAUCCGGCUAGACUGGGCACUCUACAAGAAGCGUAUGGUUACAGCCGACCUGGAAACCUUCAGCAACUACAUGUCGGCGAUCAUCUCAGCAGCAAGUGACGUUACGCAUUAUAGUGAUCUGGAGAUUCAACAAUCAUCCAGAAACGGGAAGCAGAACUCAAAGGAAAAGUCGUUCCUGAACGCCCACAGCUCAGCAAACGAUUACAAACAACGCGGUAGCGAUAGCAGCAGCAAAACUGUGGGUACGGUAAAGCCUUGCUUCGUCUGCCAGAAAACAGGACAUCGGGUAAAGGAAUGUUUUGAGUUCAAAUCACUUUCCUUAAGUGACCGCUGGGAAACUGUGAAAACACACCAACUAUGUCCAAAAUGCCUUGUACCUCACGGUAAGUGGCCAUGCCGCACGUCAAGGUCAUGCGAUGUUAGUGGGUGUAACGAUAAUCAUCAUUCGCUUCUACAUCCCGGUGUUCCCGAAUCAUCCGAUGUCGCCGUAGUAUCCGUACAUCGUCAGCCGCAGAGCCUAACGAUUUUCAGGAUCAUACCUGUUGUAUUGUAUGGCAAAACAACGCAACUGGAGACAUUUGCCUUCCUAGACGAAGGAUCAGAUUUAACGCUAAUCGACGAAGAAAUCGCUGAUCUACUGGGGGUCGAAGGUGAACAAAGAAAUUUAUGUUUGAAGUGGACUUCGAACGUCACUAGAGAAGAGGCAAACUCAAGACAGAUUAACCUGGAGAUUAGCGGAGCCGGAGGUGGAAAACGCUUCCCUUUAAUGAACGUGCGCACUGUGGGUCGUUUAGACUUACCCCUUCAAACAUUGGACUACGUUCGGUUGGCAGAAACCUUUCCCCAUCUGCAGAAAUUGCCUAUCUGUAGCUACGAGAACGCAACUCCCAGGUUGUUAAUUGGAUUAAGCAAUCUGCAACUUGCGGUUCCGUUGAAGUGUCGCGAAGGUCGGGGAAAUCAGCCUGUGGCGACCAAGACUAGACUGGGCUGGACAGUAUUCGGCAGCAUGGCUGAAUCUAAAUCGUCUCACUCAUUCCAUAUAUGUGAGUGCACAACCGAUGAAAAGUUACACAACUUGGUUAAGGAGUUCUUUGCAGCUGAAAACGUAGGAAUAGUAAGCGGGCCUCUGCCAGAAGCUGUCGAAGAUAGUCGGGCCAAAGCUAUUCUACUAGAAACAACAAGGAAGGGCAACGAUGGACAUUACGAAACUGGCUUGCUUUGGCGCUACGAUCAGUUCGAGUUUCCACCAAGUUAUGACAUGGCUGCCAGAAGGUUUUACUGUUUGGAGCGUCGACUGCGAGCACAUCCGGAGUUGCGAGACAAUCUGGAUAAUCAGAUCACCGAGUACCAGUCGAAAGGCUAUGCACACAGAGCCAGCAGCAAAGAAUUGGAAGAUGCUGAUAAAAAGCGAGCAUGGUAUUUGCCACUGGGUCUAGUGACCAACCCAAAAAAGCCCGGAAAGGUCCGGAUCGUUUGGGACGCGGCCGCUAAGGUUAAUGGCGUGUCCUUCAAUACAAUGCUCUUAAAAGGGCCGGAUAUGUUAACCUCAUUACCAUCGGUUCUUUUUCGAUUCCGUGAACGCAAAUUUUGUAUCACGGCCGAUAUUAAAGAGAUGUACCAUCAAGUCAAAAUCCGUCCAGCCGACCGUGUAUCUCAACGAUUUUUAUAUCGAUCUGAUCCAUCACAAGAACUAGAGACCUACAUAAUGGAUGUGGCUACGUUUGGCUCUACGUGCUCUCCAUGCUCUGCACAACACGUUAAGAAUGUCAACGCUAUUGAAUGGAAAGAACUCUACCCUGAGGCAGCUUCUGCGAUAAUAGAAAACCACUAUGUGGAUGAUUAUUUGGACAGUCGGGACACGGAGGAAGAGAUGGCGAACUUGGCAAUUGACGUCCGAGAGGUACACUCCAAGGCGGGCUUCGACUUAAGAAACUGGCGCUCCAACUCCGAAGAAAUUUUACGACGAAUCGGGGAACAAUCCACCAAUGCAGGAAAGAUGAUCGGGGAAGACAAAUCGAGCCAAACCGAACGUGUAUUGGGUAUGACCUGGUUGCCAAGUGACGACUUAUUCACAUUUUCGGUUGUUUUAUCCGACGAUCUGCAACGCAUGGUAUACGGAGCAGGAAUGGUAACCAAACGAGGCAUUCUACGAUUGCUAAUGACGUUGUUCGACCCUCACGGUUUAAUAUCCAAUUUCCUCAUCCACGGCAAAAUUGUAAUACAAGAUCUUUGGCGUAGUGGAGUGACCUGGGACGAGCCCAUCCCACAAGAGAUAUUUGCACGAUGGAAGCGCUGGAUCGACCAACUUCCCUGCCUUCAAAACGUUCGUGUUCCGCGGUGCUAUUUUCCGUCCUACAACGUUGAAGAUCUCCAAACUCUCGAGCUCCAUGUAUUUGUUGAUGCAAGUGAGUCGGCAUACGCAUGCGUUGCAUACUUCCGCAUCAUCGAGCGGGGUGAACCACGCUGCGCAUUCGUAUCAUCCAAAGCCAAAGUGGCACCACUUAAAACAGUAUCAAUUCCUCGCCUGGAGCUGCAAGCGGGAGUUAUAGGCAGUCGACUAGCCAAGACGAUUAAGGAAAAUCACACCCUUCCAAUCAAGCGUACCGUUUACCAUAGUGAUUCUAGCACAUUGCUGUCGUGGAUUAGAUCAGACACCCGGAAAUACCGACAGUACGUGGCAGUGCGAGUAGGAGAGAUUUUGGAAAUAACCGACGUUUCUGAAUGGCGCUGGGUACCAACUAAACUCAAUGUGGCAGAUGAAGCGACGAAAUGGAACAACGGUCCAGCAGUGAAGCCUGAUAGCAGAUGGUUCACAGGACCAGACUUUCUAUAUUAUCCGGAAGAGUGUUGGCCUCAACAGAACUCUGUAGCGACUGAUACUGCAGUGGAAAUGAGAUCGAUUCAUAUUCAUCAGGAACGGCUACACUGUUCGAUCAUCGAUGUUUCUCGUUUCUCAAAAUGGGAACGCCUGUUGAGAAGUGUAGCAUACGUCUAUCAUUUUCUCGAUUGCUGCCGAACUCAAAGGGAGUACAGGAAGUUACCACUGGAUCGACCGGACUUCGAACGAGCAGAACAAACACUUUGGCGGCUGGCACAGGCAGAUGAGUAUGCAAGCGAGCUCGAAGAGUUGAAUAAGAAGUCGAUGGAAACAGCAGGACGACAGAUACGGUUCGACAAGUCUAGCAAGAUACGAAAGCUCUCGCCGUUUCUAGACAAACUGGGGGUGAUAAGAAUGGAAGGACGAAUCGAAGCUUCACCGUAUGCGUCUUUUGAUGCAAAAUACCCCAUUAUUCUUCCCAAAGGGCACUAUGUGACUCAGCUUUUAAUUGAUUGGUACCAUCGGCGUUUUGGGCAUGGGUUUGGCGAAACUGUGGUGAAUGAAGUUAGACAAAAAUUCCACAUAUCCAAUCUGCGAGUUCUGGUGCGCAGCAUAGCUAGGCGAUGCAACUACUGCUUAGUACGCAAGGCAGAACCGAGAGUACCAAGAAUGGCUCCUCUCCCCGCGGUUCGAGUGACGCCAUUUGAGCGACCAUUUUCCAAAGUAGGAGUCGAUUACUGCGGUCCUUUUGCGAUUAAGGUCAAAAGAAGCAAUGUGAAAAGGUGGGUGGCGCUGUUCACUUGCUUGGUUACGCGAGCCGUGCAUUUGGAAGUGGUUGCGUCGUUAUCUACGGAGUCGUGCAAGCUUGCUUUCCGGCGUUUCAUCGAUCGUAGGGGUGCCCCUACCGAGAUAUAUACGGACAACGGCACCAACUUUCAAGGAACAUGUCGGGAAUUAGCUAAGCAACUUUCGAACGUCAAUGAGGGAUUAGCGGAAACUUUCACCGAUGCGAAAACAAGAUGGCACUUUAUCCCGCCAGCCUCUCCACACAUGGGAGGCGUGUGGGAGCGUAUGGUACGUUCGAUCAAGGCAGCGAUGGAAGGUCUACGUCAUCUACGUUCCCCAACGGAGGAGGUAUUUCAGACGUUGUGCACCGAAGCGGAAUCAAUGAUGAACAGCAGGCCGUUAACCUAUAUACCGUUAGAGACUUCGGACCAAGAAGCCCUGACUCCCAAUCAUUUUCUGCUGCUAAGUUCGUCGGGGGUGAAGCAAAUGGUUAAGACACCUACGGAUGAAGGAACGGGAUUGCGAAGCGAUUGGGAUCAGUGUCAACUGUUGCUUGAUCGAUUUUGGACCAGGUGGAUACGUGAGUACCUGCCCACCAUUACGCGUAGAACAAAAUGGUUCGAGGAUGUCAAACCGAUAACAGAAGGUGCCUUGGUGUUUAUAGUGAAUGACAAGGAGCGAAACAGCUGGGUACGAGGCAAAGUCGUAAAGCUAAUCCCAGGAGCAGAUGGGCGGAUUAGACGCGCUGAUGUUCAAGUCUCUGGAGGUGGAAUACUGCGGCGAGCCGUAGCGAAGCUAGCCGUGCUAGAUGUGUUAGGUGUCAGUAAAGCUGACGGAACCGGGCAGCUUUACGGGUCGGGGGAUGUGGACCCUGGCAACACGGAUGGUGAUGUGGCUAUAUGUGUGGAUCACGCUGAUGGCCAAGAUCAACCCUAGAUCGUACGUACGUGUGUAGGUAGGGCAGUAGAAGGUAGCGAAGCAAAACGUCAGAUAAGAUGAUUUGAUGAAUUUGAUAGAGCAAAACAGUUAUCAAACAGUGAUUGAGAAUUUUCGAACAAAUUUUGGAGUUUUUUUCUUGUAGACGGACAAUUUAUUUUCUAAUGUAAGUGCCUCUAGAAUUUGAUUGUUUUCUAAAAAUGUAUACGCCUUAAUUUGAACUUAUAGAUAGCUAUUUAGCACGAACAGUAACGAGAUUGUACGGAUGAAGUAUCAGUAAAUAUCUACAUUGAAUUGUACGUAAGUUGUCAUGUAUUGAAUUGAAUCGCAAAUUAUCAGCUUAUUUUUAUAACUAGUUGUAUCGUGACCUCAAAAUUUAUCUGUGGAAGUCGAGAAGGGACAAUACUUUAAUAGUCAACGAAACUGUGAGUUAUAUUGAACGCUUAAGUUACUGAACUAAAACUAACUAUGAUUUUUCCAGCUUAAAAGCAACACCUGAAGAAAUAAAAACUGUUCGCUCAAGAGACUUUGACUGGUUUUCCUUUCCCCGGCGGC